GAGAGAGACUGAAAAACAGAGAGAGAGAGAGGAGAGAGUGUGUGUUUCCCCUGGCGUGGAGGGUGUCCCCACGCAGGAGUCCAAGAAGGAUUCACUGCAGAAUGUGAUGAGGAACUCAGGUGCCUCCCUUGUAAACGGUGGGAAUCGGAGAGAAGUUGGCUUCCAUCAUCCCUGAGAACAGAGAUUAUGGGUUGCUGCUGCAGUUCUGAGUAUGACGGCGACUGGGGUGAUGACAUUGAAAUCUGUGAAACGUGCCACUACCCCAUCGACCCAGCCCAGAGGGUGACUUCCAAUGGCUCUGAGGCAUGGAGCCCUCUGAUGUCUUACGAAAUGGAUCCUCCUCCCAGUUCCCCUGGGCAAGAUAAACUGGUGGUUGCGCUGUAUGAUUACGACUCCCUCCACGAUGGAGACCUGGUGCUCCGAAAAGGGGAACAGCUGAGGGUAUUGGAAGAGACUGGGGAGUGGUGGAAAGCGCAGUCUCUGUCCACUGGGCAGGUGGGCUGCAUCCCGAGCAACUUUGUCGCCAGGCUGAAUACUCUGGAGCAGGAGUUGUGGUUUUUCAAAUCCCUCACCAGGAAGGACGCUGAGCGGCAACUUCUGACAGCAGGCAACACCCACGGUGCUUUCCUCAUCCGGGAGAGCGAAUCCACCAAAGGCUCCUUUUCUCUCUCCGUGCGGGACUUUGACCAGAACCAGGGGGAAGUGGUGAAGCACUAUAAGAUCCGCAACAUGGACAACGGCGGCUUCUAUAUUUCCCCUCGCAUCACCUUCGAAAACUUGCACCAUCUGGUGGAACAUUAUACAAGUAACACAGACGGCCUCUGCACCCGCCUGGGCAAGCCCUGCCAGACCCAGAAGCCGCAGAAGCCCUGGUGGCAGGACGAGUGGGAGGUGCCUCGAGAGAGCCUCAAGCUGGUGAAGAAACUGGGAGCUGGCCAGUUUGGAGAAGUCUGGAUGGGUUACUACAACGGCCACACCAAAGUUGCCAUCAAAAGUCUGAAGCAGGGCAGCAUGUCCCCUGAGGCCUUCCUCGCCGAAGCCAACCUGAUGAAGAAGUUGCGGCAUGCCCGGCUGGUGAGGCUCUAUGCUGUGGUGACCCAGAAGCCCAUGUACAUCAUCACGGAGUACAUGGAAAAAGGAAACUUGGUGGAUUUUCUGAAGGCUCCAGAAGGAGUUGAACUGACCAUGUUCAAACUGCUGGACAUGGCCGCACAGGUAGCAGAAGGAAUGGCCUUCCUGGAGAAGAAGAAUUUUAUUCAUCGUGACCUGCGGGCUGCCAACAUCUUGGUCUCGGAGAGCAUCCACUGCAAAAUUGCUGAUUUUGGCCUGGCUCGCCUGAUAGAGGAUGAUGAGUACACAGCCCAGGAGGGAGCAAAGUUCCCCAUUAAGUGGACAGCCCCGGAAGCCAUUAAUUAUGGGACGUUCACCAUCAAAUCUGACGUUUGGUCCUUUGGGAUCCUGCUGACGGAGAUCAUCACCUACGGCCGGAUCCCUUACCCAGGGAUGAGCAACCCAGAGGUAAUCCAGAAUUUGGAGCGUGGCUACCGAAUGCCGGCCCCGGAAAAAUGCCCCAAUGAGUUGUACAACUUGAUGCUGCAGUGCUGGAAGGAGGCCCCGGAGCAGCGGCCGACAUUUGAGUACCUCAAGGGCGUCCUGGAGGACUUCUUCACGGCCACUGAAGGACAGUACGAACAGCAGGUUUGACCGUGACCUUGAGCAAAGGCUCAGAAGAAAAGGACCAAGUCUCCUUGCCACGUCUGCCCCUUCUUAAACAUUUCGUGGCAAGGUGCCUGAAGCCCAGAGAAGGUCGGAAUGGACCAAAUGCAUCCAGACGCCUGAAAGUCAGCCCUUCUGAGACUCGGAAGCUGCCGCCUCCCCUAAUCCCAGAUGUCUGUGGGGAAGCCGUGGGAAUGGCUGUGGUUAUUUCAAGGGGGUUGUUAUAACUGCUUAUUUUACUUCAGACGUUGCAGGCCUGCCAAACAGAUCCUGGGGCAAGGCCUAGUAAGCCGUGACCCAGGCCCUCUUAGCCAAUGCUUGAUUUGUAAAAAGAUCUCUCUUUGUUUGGGGAGCACCUUCCUAACACAGUCCCAGGUGGAGUGAAUUGUUAGAUUGUAAGCUCCUCGGGGCAGACACAAGUCUUUCUAUUUCUUCUUUCCUUUCUGUUUCCCCCCAACAAUGACUCUUGAAAAGUGCUAUGUACAGUUAUUUUGGUUGCAAUAUAAUCAGCCUAGAGACUCGCGUUUUGGGCGGUAUACAAAUAUGUUAAAUAAAAAAUAAUAAAAUAAUACUUCUCAGCAAGAGGACACUCUGCAGAUGUUCAGGGACACUCACUUCCCUGACUACAGUUUGUUCCAAGGCUGUGCACUGGCAAUGUAAACCAAGUGCUGGGGUUCCUUGUGGGUGAGCCCCCAGCACAGUCUAAGGACUCCUGCUCUGAAAAUGCACAGCAAAGAUGCCUGGUAACUGUACAAGAGUAGUCACGGUUACCAACAAUCCCUUAUUAGUACGGACAUCCCUUAUUUCAGCCCCAAAUUGCCUGUCCCUUAUGGGAUGCCAUUUGUCCCUUAUUUUUAGCGAAUGGGAAUGAACCCAUGGCUCAGAUCCAGAGGUGCUCUUACCCCUGGACUUCCGGGCCGAAGGAGGCCAGGGCCUCCACACUCCCUGGGGGCCCCCAAAUCCUCUUUAGUCUGGGGUGGUGUGCGCCAGGCGGCCAAGUGUGACUCUGCUUUAGAGACAGAGGGGGGAAAGGAAUAGGUGGGAUGGGACUAUGUUACGUUGCGUGUAGAAAUGUUUCUGCUCAUGCAUAUUUGCAUAAAUAUACCUGUUUUAUAUUCAUUUCUUA